UUGUGGUAAACAACUUACGAGAUGCGUGUUCAUGCGUAGAGGUGGUAAUGGAGGACUGUGAUGUUCUGUUAGUUAGUUAGCAGGCUAUCUUCUCUGUGGUAUGCUAUUCGCCCCUUUGGUUAACUACAAUUUAUUUGCUCCGUAAAGGACAGAGUUCGGCCAUAUCUAGAGCAGGAGGAUCCACAACAGAUAUAAAAGAUGGCAUCAGAGGCACUCUCUCAAAAUCAUGGUUCCAAAGGGAUCAUGACGUUUUAUCCCACUGCUGAAGAAUUCAAGAAUUUCAGCCGCUAUAUUGCAUAUAUAGAGUCCAAGGGAGCACACAGAGCAGGUUUAGCAAAGAUUGUUCCACCAAAAGAGUGGAGGCCUCGGGGUUCUUAUGAGGACAUAGAUGAUUUGGUGAUUCCUGCACCCAUUCAGCAGGUGGUGACUGGCCAGUCAGGCCUUUUCACUCAGUACAACAUUCAGAAGAGAGCCAUGACUGUCAAAGAGUUUCGCAAGAUUGCCAACAGUGACAAGUUCUGCAGCCCACAUUAUGAUGAUUUUGAGGAGCUGGAAAGGAAAUACUGGAAGAAUUUAACAUUUAACCCUCCUCUGUAUGGAGCAGAUGUUAACGGAAGCCUGUAUGACCCUGAUAUUGAGGAAUGGAAUAUUUGCCACUUGGGAACCAUUUUGGACACUGUGGAGCGUGACAGUGGAAUAACUAUUGAGGGUGUUAACACCCCCUACUUGUAUUUUGGAAUGUGGAAGACUACCUUUGCAUGGCACACUGAGGACAUGGACCUUUACAGCAUCAACUACUUGCACUUCGGAGAGCCCAAGUCGUGGUAUUGUGUUUCCCCAGAGCAUGGGAAGAGACUGGAGCGUCUGGCUAAAGGGUUUUUUCCUGGUAGUUCUCAAAAUUGUGAAGCCUUUUUAAGGCAUAAAAUGACUCUUAUCUCUCCUUCAAUACUGAAGAAAUACGGCAUUCCAUUUGAAAAGAUCACUCAGGAAGCUGGUGAGUUUAUGAUUACUUUCCCCUAUGCCUAUCACGCUGGCUUCAACCACGGUUUCAAUUGUGCCGAGUCCACCAACUUUGCUACGGAGAGAUGGAUCGAGUAUGGCAAGCAAGCAGUUUUGUGCUCAUGCCGUAAAGACAUGGUGAAGAUUUCAAUGGAUGUUUUUGUCAGGAAGUACCAGCCAGACCGCUAUGAACAGUGGCUGGCAGGGCGAGAUACGGUGCCCAUCGACCACUCGAAGCCCACCCCAGAGGCUAGGGAAUUUUUGGGCGACUCUUUCAGCAGCAGCAGUGACAGCAGCUUCAACGAGAGUGGCUGUGAGGAUGGAGAAAGGAAAAGCACGCAACGAAUAGAGGCCAAAAGACACCGUGUUUGUUUGGAGGUGCCUGACGAGGUCGUCCCCAAAGACGAGGACGAUGACGAGGAGUAUGGAAAGAGGCCCAGGCUGAGCCUCAUCCCUCACCGAGCAGUAGCACAUGAUGGCAGAAGAAAUAAAGGGCCGCCAAAGUUGGUUGUCACGCCAACAAAGCUUACGCUGAUGGACCCAUUUCAUAGGAGUAUGUCGCAGAGCAACGGUGACGGAGGCCGUCCUCCUCAUUACACCAAGACUCGAGCACCUGCAAUCUCUUCUCAGACGAGGCCCAGAAAUGGGCAUCUGUCGGUUUCAGCAUCGCCGACGUGGACAGAAGCCCCCGCUCAACCCGUGCGUAAAAUGGGUGUGGCCAGCCUGCUCUUCCACAGGACUCUGAGUUCAAAAGACACUCUCCUGGUGCAAAGCUACACGUCAGAAAAGCAGCAGGAUCAUCACAAGCAGCUCCAAAUCCACAGCUACGCUAAGGAGCAGCAGCCUCGUCGCCUUCAGAGCAAAGCCUGCACGCUGACACGGGUCCAGACUUUACCCAUGGCUCUGGGCCAGGAGCUAGCACAGCUUCAGCCUGGAGCCUCAGUUCUUCAGAUACAAGAGAAACUUAAUGAAUCACAAGCACACCAGAAUCAAAACAUUGACAAGCCUGAAAAAACACAGUUCAUCCAAGACCCAGCUAGAAUGGAGAAAGCCAAAGCUGAGGCCAGGUCAGCCCCCCCACAGAGCCAGACACAGCUGUAUGACCUCAGCAAAGUCAAGAUGGAGGCUUCCAGAGCCAACAAGCGAAAGAGUUCCGAGUGUCCACUACUGGACAGUGGCAUUAUCAUCCUGAAAGACACCAUUCCUGCAGAGCAACACAAGCAGGAUGAGGUCCAGGUGAUUCCUCAGACUUAUCAGGUAUUAGAAGAGCAGUCUUACUGCAAGCUUGAGUCAAAAAAACAGGAGCAGGAAGAAGAGCUUUGUCGACUGCCUCGCCAUCACCCUCUUCUGAUCAGAGAGACAUGCGGUGAUGAUGAUCAGGACAUCAGUGUAGAGGUUGAACAAGAAGAGAAGGAGGAGUGGGCAAAGCCUCUGACCCAACUGUGGCAGAGCCAGCCUUACAACCCCCAGGCAGAGUGGGACUACAAUAAAAGGAUGGGCCAGCAGCCUCCUUACUGCUCCAUCUGUCUGCUCUUCUACACUUACCACCAGUCUGAGUCUGGUGAGGAGAGCUCCAGCUUGAUGCUGGUGAACCGCCGAGGAGGCCGUCAGUGGUCCCGGCCGCUCAUCCCUGAAAUGUGCUUCAACACGCAUUCAGCCAGAACAAACGAUGGCGUACAGGGUCAGCUGUCCAAUCCUCACGUCGCUGAGGAUGGGACGAGCCGCCUCAUCAGCUGUGCUCAGUGCUACGUUCGAGUGCAUACAAGUUGCUACGGUGUUUCUGGAGAAGAGGCAGAGUAUGACAACUGGCUAUGUGCUCGCUGUGAGGCCAGUGCCAUCACUGAGGACUGCUGCCUGUGUUCGCUGAGAGGUGGAGCCCUGCAGAGAGCCAACAAUGACAAAUGGGUCCAUGUUCUGUGUGCCAUCACUGUCCUGGAAGCGCGCUUUGUCAACAUCACCAAGCGCAGCCCCAUCGACCUCUCUGCCAUCCCGCUGCCUCGCUUCAGACUGAAGUGUGCGUGCUGCAGGAAACGAAUGAAGAGGGAGGUGAAGGGCUGCUGCGUCCAGUGCUCCCAUGGCCGCUGCUCCACAGCGUUUCAUCCCUCCUGUGCUCAGGCAGCUGGCAUACUCAUGCACCCAGACGACUGGCCGUUCGUCGUCUUCAUCACCUGCCACCGGCACAGAGCGCCUGUCAUACCUGAGCGCAACAAGGCCUCUCUGAGAGAUCUGUCAGUGGGCCACAAGGUGAUCUGUAAGCACAAGAACUGCCGCUACUACUACAGUGAGGUGGUGGAGCUGACCACCGCCACCUUCUACGAGGUGGUGUUUGAUGACGGCUCAUACAGCGACAACCUCUUCCCAGAGGACAUCGAGAACCGGGACUGCGUCCGGCUCGGCCCGCCCUCUGCAGGCCAGCCUGUCCAAGUGCGAUGGACAGACGGCCUUCUGUACGGAGCUAAGUUUGUAGCAUCCCACUCCGUCCCUAUGUACAUGGUGGAGUUUGAAGACGGAUCACAACUCACAGUGAAGAGAGAAGACAUUUACACGCCUGAAGAGGAUUUGCCCAAACGAGUCAAGUCUCGAAUGUCAGUGGCGUCGGACAUGCGCUUCGAGCUAUUCACACAGAGCAACGUCAAACAGAACUCCAAACGACAGCGAGUCAUCAACUCCCGAUACAGAGAGGACUACAUAGAGCCCGUUAUCUACCGAGCCAUCAUGGAGUGACUGCUGCCAUGUUUUACCAAAAUAAAUCACUAUGGAAACAUGAAA